CAUCAGUCAGCCUGCUGACCGCAGUGGCCCUGGCCCGCCUUGCCACCAGGACCAGGAAGCCCUCCUACUACUACCUUCUGGCACUCACGGCCUCAGAUAUCAUCACCCAGGUAGUCAUCGUGUUCGCAGGCUUUCUCCUGCAGGGAGCCGUGCUGGCCCGCCAGGUGCCCCAGGCUGUGGUGCGCACAGCCAACAUCCUGGAGUUUGCUGCCAACCACGCCUCGGUCUGGAUUGCCAUCCUGCUCACGGUUGACCGCUACAGCGCCUUGUGCCACCCCUUGCACCACCGGGCAGCCUCAUCCCCAGGCCGCACCCGCCGGGCCAUUGCUGCUGUCCUCAGUGCUGCCCUGUUGACGGGCAUCCCCUUCUACUGGUGGCUGGAUGUGUGGAGAGAUGCCGACCCACCCAGCACGAUGGAUGAGGUCCUCAAGUGGGCUCACUGCCUCACUGUCUAUUUCAUCCCCUGUGGCGUGUUCCUGGUCACCAACUCAGCCAUCAUCCACCGGCUACGGAGGACGGGCCAACCGCGGGUAGGCAAGAGCACGGCCAUCCUCCUGGGCGUCACCACGCUGUUCACCCUCCUGUGGGCACCCCGGGUCUCCGUCAUGCUCUACCACAUGUAUGUGGCCCCUGUCCACCGGGACUGGAGGGUCCACCUGGCCUUGGACGUGGCGAACAUGGUGGCCAUGCUCAACACAGCGGUCAACUUUGGCCUCUACUGCUUUGUCAGCAAGACUUUCCGGGCCACUGUCCGACAGGUCAUCCACGAUGCCUACCUGCCAUGCACUUUGGCGUCACAACCCAAGGGCAUGGCAGUGAAGCUUGUGAUGGAGCCUUCAGGGCUCCCCAAAGGGGCAGAAGUAUAGAGGAGGGGUCCCAGCUGGGGAGCUCAAGGUGGUUCAUAGCCACAAGUACUGGGGCCUUUGAAGUUGUGGCCCAAAAAUAUUUAUCAACACACUGCUUUCCUUGGGUGGGGGUGGAGGCCCCUCCUUUGGGUGUGGCUCCCAGGUAGAGAGGAGGACAACUCAGCCAACUCUUAUAUUUGCUUCACCAGUGAUCCCUAUUUCCUGGGAAGACGAAAGGGCUCUGCCAGGCAUAGGCUAAUAGCAUCAGUGCUGUGGGCAUUCCUUUGCAAGGGGCAUUUUGCCUGGCUCAUCAUGAAUGAUAGAUUAAUGUUGGUUGAAUGGAUGGAGAAAUGGAUAGAUGGAUGGAUGGACAGUUGAAUGGGUGGACAGACAGAUGGACUG